UCCUGGUUGUAAACUGCUUGAGACUGCUGACAGCCAGGCAACUUCAAAAGCAACCAGGAGCGACUUUCUUGCUAACUUUGGGAAGGAAUUCAAAAAUGCUGAAAGGUGCAGAUGAUUCUGUUAUGGAGCAGGAGGACUCUGCUUCCCAACAUGGAGAAAUGACGAGUUGGGAUAUCAAUGACAUCAAACUUCCUCAGCAUGUGAGGCAGACAGACUGGUUUCAAGAAUGGCCAGAUUCCUACGUAAAACAUAUCUAUAGCUCAGAGGAUAAAAAUGCUCAGAGGCACCACAGCAGCUGGGCAAUGAGAAACACCAACAACCACAACUCUCGCAUCUUAAAAAAGUCCUGCCUUGGGGUGGUGGUUUGUGGUAACAACUGCUCUACCUUGGAUGGGAGGAAGAUCUACCUAAGACCAGCCAUAUGUGAUAAAGCCAGGCAAAAACAACAGCGGAAAUGCUGUCCAAACUGCAGUGGACCACUGCGGCUCCUGUCCUGCCGAGGCCACGGUGGUUACCCAGUUACCAACUUCUGGAGGCAUGAAGGCCAAUUCAUAUUUUUCCAGUCCAAAGGAGCUCACGACCACCCACGUCCAGAAACAAAACUAGAAGCAGAAGCAAGAAGAUCAAUCCAAAAAGCAAAGACAGCUUUUUCUUCAUCUUCUCUAAGACUAAAAAGAGUCCAGGAGAUUGAGUCUCUGGCAGGUGCAAUGCCAACACAGGAGCCUUUGCCUUUGCUUCUUUCCAACCCGGAUGCUCACAUGCCACCUGCUAAUUUCAGGGGACAUUUAAGCAAAAGCUCCCAGGAGCCAACGCUGAGCAGCUGCUCUGGGCAUCUUCCAUACCCAAGGACAGCUGGGGAGGAUGAGGCCUCCAGGGAGCCACCAACCUGGAGCCGAAGGCUGUCCCUCAGGGGGACCCCCAGAGCUGAGAGGCUGCGCAGUGUCCCUGCUGUGCCCAGCACAGCCCCCUCUCCCCAGCAGUGCGCCCACCUCAGCACCCAGCACGUGGCAGAUGGUGGCCAUGACCCCUUCAGGUCUGAUGUGGGCUCUUUGGGAGAUGGAUCCUGUGGGGUGAAAUCCCCUCUGGCCUACAGCAGCGUCUGCCUCUGUCUGCCGCCCCACCCCGUGCCUCAGGGAGAGCCCUGCCCCAUGGCGAGUGCGGCACAGCCUCACCCACAGCUCUCGCUGCCUCCAAGGGGAAGCGGAGGAGACAGGGGUGGGGGAGGCCACCAAGUCUGUCUCAACUACUGCAACAACGACAUGUUUUUUAACCUGUACCCAUUACGGUGACUGGGUUCAAAUGUCCCUGCUCGCCCCUCCUGUGGCAAUGGGUCCAGUUCUCCACCCCUGUGGCAACACAGACCUUAAGAGUGCUACCACAACAGGUCUCACUUUAGCUCCUCUUGCAGGCCCCAGAAGGGGCUUUCGUACCUGAAGGCUUGUCUUUGUUCCUUUUUAUUUAACAGUUUUAUUUCCCACCACUGUUUCAUGGAUCUAAUAAAAGCUAUCAGCUCC